AACGAUUCGUCGGGCUACUCGUCAGGUUACGUAUAAAAAUACAAGGCAAUUCAAAAAAAAUUUACAGACAGUUCUACGGGCCUUCAGCUUUGGGCCUCGACGUAGAAAUCGUUGCCCGUUGUGAGAAGAAGAAUGGGACCCUCCAGAAUGGGCCGUCAUAAUCACAAGAAUACUACUAGCAACCCAGCAAGGUCGACACCAUCACCAGCCGAUUUUUAUGCGGUGAGUACGUCUCUUGAUGUACACCAUGCGCAUCGAUCCCACCCCAGUAACGAUGAUGAACCCCUGCUCAGUAACGAUGGUGAAUCGUAAACACAAUACUCACCAAGGUUCACAUCGCAGGAUGCCUCGGGUCCAGGAAGAAAGUAGCCCCUCUAAACAUUACAGGAAAUUGGUGAGCAACGAGUGUAAGUGAUCGAAG